CAUCGUGCUGGUUGGCCCGGAGGUCGGCCCGUUCGCCGCCAUCCUGCAGAGCAUCCUCAUCAGGUAUCGGUCCGAGAUCGUUCCCUGUCCAAACUGCGCAUGCGAGUUCAAGAUGCAACUACCCAGCUCCUUCAUGAACAUCCGCAAGGUGGACUUUGUGUGGGUCAACUCCGACAUGGAGGGGUUCGAGUGGUUCCUGGAGCUGCUGGACGACAUGGACAACUACCAGAAGCGACGCAAUCUGCUGGACAAUUUCCUCAAGUUCUACCUCUACAGGACGGGCGUCAAACCGAUGCCGUCCUUCACGCCACUGCGCCACCAGCUACAUCAAGGAAAGCCACGCUGGGAGGAUGUGAGUCCCCGGCCCUGGCGCCCAUCCAGUGACAUCCACUCACAAUCGCAGCCCUUGCAUGGUGAUAAUCGGUGUAUGGUGAACGCCAUACAACCUUCAGCGCUCGCCUUCGCUAAGCCUCUGACAAUAACCGGCGUAUGGGCGGCGUGACUCUGACAAUAACCGGCACAUGGGCGGCGUGACUCUGACAAUAACCGGCACAUGGGCGGCGUGACACUCUACCGGCGGAGCAGCAGCCAUGCCUUUGCCACCUGAGGACGGAUAGCCCAUGCCACCACCCCCGCUCCCGCUCAUUAAAAACUCGCAAUGACGCCCGCCAGAA